AUGGGGAGAAUCGCGAGUGCACACGCAUACGAGGCGACGAGGCAUCGUGAAUCGGCGCCGGUGGUUUCGAUCGAGAGAAUGCAAAUUUGCCUGAAGCUCCUGGAAGACAACAACGCGGCGCUGCAUCUCAGAAAUCGCGAUCUCGUUGCGGAAAAUAAGAGCCUAACGAAGCGGCUAGAAGAGGACGCGAUUAAAACGGAGAAAAUGCAGAAGAAUGUGUCAUUAUUGCAGAGCGAACUUGAGAAAGGAAAAGAGAAGCUGGUUGACUUAUUAAUGAGACAAACGAUUCAAACUGUUCUCUAUAAAUUCCAGAAACACGACGAGAAAUGUCUAGAAAAUAAAUGCACUUCCACGACGAAUAUAGCUUCCAAGAUCGAUCGCGGAUUGCAAAUUUGGGAAGUCUGCAAAGACUGCCACGGAGAACUGGAGGGCUGCCAAAGGGAAUCACUCACGCGGAUUACUAUCACGAAGUCGGAGUUUGAGUUACUCGAGAGGGAUAUGCGGACUUUGAGGGACGCCGUGAUCGCCCGGGAGGAGGCCUGGGACAAAGCGGUGGAGCGCGAGCGGAAUUGCCAGCAGCAAUUAGCACGGCUGACCGCGGAGGCGAUCACCGCGCGUCACCUUUGCGAAACUCGCCAGGACGAACUUGGCGCGGUCACGGAUACUUUGACGGAAAAAGAGUCGGAGCUGAAAAUGAUGCGGAAAGAAGCGCAGUACCUGAACAAAUUAAUUGCUAGGCUGCACCACCGUCAUAGGUGGGAGCUCGAGGAAUACGCGAGCGGCGGCGUGAGCCUCGGCAUUAGCGAGAGGGAUCAGAGAUGCAUCGAGGAGAUUGCGCGGCGCGUACGAAACUCCAAGAGCAAAUCGAAGACGAGGCCCAAGUGCAAUUCGGAUAAAUGCUCGCGUUCGAAUUCGAGCAGCCCGCGCGAGAGCGGCAAGAACGGCCAGGAUCAGGCAGGUUCCUCGGAGGAUCGUCGCAAAUUGAAUUUGUAAUCGCGGUUUCGUAGACCAGACGUUGUCCAAUUUGCACUCACCGCUGCACAGGCUCCCGCAAUUUUAAUACCGCGUGCUCUC